AUGUUCCGCACCACUCCUAUUCUCCUCUCCUUGUCCCUCUCCCCGCGCAUGACAGGGAGUGCAGGCAGCAGUGCCGCAGGUGGCCUUGCACCUGGUGCCUCCAAUGCUCUUGUCCUCGCCUCCAGUUCCACAGGCCAGGGGGGCAUGGUGCCGCUCACGGCGCCUGGCGCUGCUGCUGCGGCUGCUCCCUCCAAUGCCGUCACCGUCGCAGACAGGUACAAGCCCAGUGCAGCCAUCAUUCGUCGUCUGCCCAGCAAGUGGCCCAAGCCCGAGUGGCACCCGCCCUGGAAGAACUAUCGGGUGAUCAGUGGGCACAUGGGGUGGGUGCGCUCGGUGGCCUUUGAGCCGGGCAACGAGUGGUUCUGCACUGGCUCUGCUGAUCGCACCAUCAAGAUUUGGGAGCUGGCAACAGGCAAGCUGAAGCUGACUCUCACAGGCCACAUUGAGCAGAUCCGAGGCCUGGCAGUGAGUCCCAAGUACCCCUACAUGUUCUCAGCGGGUGAUGACAAACUCGUCAAGUGCUGGGACCUCGAGUACAACAAGGUGAUUCGCUCGUACCACGGGCAUCUGAGUGGAGUAUACUGCCUUGCGCUGCACCCCAUGCUGGACGUGCUUCUCACGGGCGGCAGAGACUCCGUCUGUCGGGUGUGGGACGUGCGCACCAAGGCGCAGAUCUUUGCUCUCGCCGGCCACGACAACACCGUCUGCUCCGUCAUCGCGCAGGCCACUGACCCGCAAGUGAUAACAGGAUCGCACGACACCACCGUCAAGUUGUGGGACCUUGCAGCGGGCAAGGCCAUGUCAACCCUAACCUAUCACAAGAAGUCUGUCAGAGCCCUCGCCAAGCACCCCUUUGAGAAGACGUUUGUGUCGGCAUCAGCGGACAACAUAAAGAAGUACAAACUGCCCAAGGGCGAGUUCCUGCACAACAUGCUCUCACAGCAGCGCACCAUCAUCAACACCGCAGAUGUGAACGAGGACAACGUGCUCGCCUCAGGAGGUGAUAACGGGUCCAUCUGGUUCUGGGACUGGAAGAGUGGACACAACUUUCAGCAGACGCAGACCAUCGUGCAGCCCGGCUCGCUUGACAGUGAGGCAGGCAUCUAUGCGAUGGGCUUUGACGUGACGGGCAAGCGCCUGGUGACAUGUGAGGCGGAUAAAACCAUCAAGAUGUGGAAGGAGGACGAAAAUGCCACUCCAGAGACGCAUCCUAUCAAUUUCCGGCCGCCCAAAGACAUGCGACGCUUUUGA